CUUAGCAUGUUAGCAUGUCAGCAGCGGUUACCGGGCAGUCUUUCUCCCGGUGUUUGUGUAGUUAAACAUUCUAACCGGAGAUCUGUGGCGACCGGAAAACAUGAAACACGGACAGAUAGAGGGAGACAGAGGCCAUUUUUGCUAGCUGAACUAGUCAGCUAGCAAAAAGCACCAAGUUUACACCAAUACACUAUCCAAGCCAAAUCUAACACUUAGCCUUGACCUUCGAUCAGAAGAUGAGGAGCAGGGGGCUUGUUACCCAGAAUCCUUUGAGGUUGGCGCCUCUGAGCAGCAGCUCUUUGAGGAGGUGGAGGUUAAGGUGGAAGAAGGCGAUGGUGAUGAAGACUAUCGUCAGGAUCCAGACUUCACGUUCAAGGAGGAGGAAGUUGAUGAUGGCGAUGUAGACUGUUGUCAGGGUUCAGGCCUCAGAUUUAAGAUGGAGGAAGAGGAAGAUGAUGAUGAUGAUGAAAACUUCCGUCAGGAUCCGGACUUAAGUUUUGAGGUGGAGGAAGAGGAUGAUGGUGAUGUAGAGUCCUGUCAGGAUCCAGACUUUAGUCCUCAUCAGAAAGCCAGGAGGAGAAAUCCGUCAUCGUCACAGAGCAGCGGCGGGAAGGCAGGUGGCAAGCUGAGAGCCCGGGCAGAUGUUAAAGUGAGGAAGGAGCAUCAGUGUAACGAGUGUUCGAAGAGCUUCGACCGUCCGAGUCGUCUAAGGAUCCAUCAAAGGACUCACACCGGUGAGAAACCGUUCGAGUGCUCUGACUGUGACAAACGCUUUAAGAGUAAAUCCAUCCUGUCAGCUCACCUGAAGACUCAUGGUGGCGAGCGGCCAUUCUGCUGUCACGAGUGUGGGAAGUGUUUCCUACAGAGGCAGGCGCUGGUGGAGCACAUGAGGACUCACACGGGCGAGAGGCCCUUUACCUGUCAGCUCUGUAGCCUGAGCUUCUUUGCUAAGAGUCACCUGCAGCGCCACCUGCUGACCCACACAGGUGAACGCCGCCAUCAGUGCGUGGAAUGCGGGAAGUGCUACAAGAGGAAGGAGCACCUGAGCAGUCACAUGCGCGUCCACAGCGGCGAGCGUCCGUUCAGCUGCAUGGACUGUGGCCGCAGCUACAGAGAGCGAGGACGCCUUCAGCUGCAUCUGAGGACACACACAGGUGACAGCAAACGCCAUGCCUGCACGCUGUGUGGCCUGCGCUUGGUGUCGGCCAAUCACCUGCAGAGACACAUGCAGACACACGGUGGCGAGCGGCCGCACCGCUGCCCUGACUGCAGCAAAUGCUUCAGCAGGAAAGACAAGAUGAUGGAGCACAUGAGGAUCCACACCGGAGAAAAACCGUACCAGUGCUCCAAGUGUCAGCUCAGCUUCAGGUGGAGGGCGGCACUCAACGCCCAUAACCAUACUCACUCUGUGGAGAAAGAGCAGCUCUGAUUGGACAGCCAGGACUCAGGCUGAGAUUUAAUCGGCACUUUACUGGACAACAGUCAGGUGAUAUUUUCACCUGUAAAGAAUCAGAAGUUCAACACACACCGCAUGCCUUUUAGAGUCAGGAGAAGAAGUCCAGGUACAGAAGAGGACAGUUGAUUUUUAUUAGAAAUUAAAACUUCCCUGAAUGUGGGACAACAUGUUGACUACAGAGACUUUACCAGCUGGAAUUUACUCCCCUGGUGAGUCCAUACACAGGAGUCAGUGUUUCCCCUAGGUUAGUUUUUUUUUUCUUGUUAUUUACGUGACAACGCCUGAAUGCAACACAGGCUCCCCUCUAAUUGAGUGUGUGAAGACUGCCGUGCUGCAGUGCUGUGCGAGCGGCGUGUUUGACUGUGCAUAACAGCAGUCUUUUGAUGGUCAGGAAAAUGCGGCCCGAGCCGUGCUCUAGUGUGCUCAUCUGCGUGCGUGCGUGCGUGUGUGUGUGUGUGUGUGUGCGUGUGUGCUCAUCUGUGUGCGUGCGUGUGUGUGUGUGCGUGUGUGCAUGCGUGUGUGCGCGUGUGGUGGUGCCUUUAUCCAGGAUUUUUUGGCUUCCUUUUUUUACAGUGAGAGGAAGUGGAAACAAGUCAUCUAUCUUUAUAUACAGUCUGUAGAUUAAACAGUGUGUAAAAUUAAGGAGGUUCGAUUCACAGCUGUCCUCCAUCACAGUGUUCUGCUGUAUUUGUACUGUCAGUAUCUCAGAGAACUUCAAAGACAGUUAAUGUUUGGAUGUACAUUUCCUUUUAUGCAUCAAUAUGUCUGUUUCUGUACUGGCAUUUGUUAAUUUAUGAAUCAACCUAUUUCAGCGAUGACUAAUGACUUCACAGAGUUUUUUUAGAUAUUGAUUGAUCACUUUUAUUUUAAAACCAACACACUGACAAAGAGUCUGUGUUAUGUUACGUCAAGUCUGUAAUGAAUGAUUAAAAAUGUCUGAGACUCCUCAUGUGGAAUUAAAACUGAAAAAAGGA